GUUUGCACAGUGAGGGUUCACCUGCAGAUUCUUUGAGAUAUGUCACGUGGCCAUGGAACCCGCACCUAAUCGAUGGAAAACCAUCGACCGCCCCCUGACGAAGGUGAAAACCGUUGUCGUUGUUCAGUCAAACGGUGAACCUCCACCUGCAACUUCCCUUCAAACCUGUUUUUUAAUUUCAAUUUCUUUUGUUUAUCAGCUGCAAAUCAUUCAAAUUGUUUUCCAAAAGAAACUUCUUCUAGAGCUCGCAGUAAAAUGGCGACCUCAACAGAGGAUUUAAACAUUCCGGAAGGCUUCCUGGUGGCACCUCGAGUACCUCAGGGAUUGGCAGCAGCCGUGGAAGGUCUGACUCGUGAGGUGAUUCGCCAAAGACCGGAAGAUAUUUACGUUUUUGCAGCUCAUCAUUUUGAAAAACUUCUUCAUCUUCGUGAGGCGUACGGUGUCUCUAGAAGUCUCUCGGUCGACGAGAGAAAUUUACAGGCACUGCGUGAUAUGAGUGAGGCACUAAGAAAAAGAGAUGCAUUCAGAGAUGAGAGAAAUGCACGUGAUUACGCCUAUCAAAGUGGAUGGUCACUUAAUGAGACAGCUAAAGUUCUCGAACGGCAUAGGAGUAUUUUUGGUGAUGAGGGACGAAAAAUUUCCACAGACGAGAUACGGCAAUUGGCUUCUGAGAAAGAAAGGGAACAUUUCCGACGACAUCGUUCAAUGGAGAAACGAUCAUCAUCAUCAUCAAAAAGAAAAGAGGAGUUUAAAGAGAGUUCGGGAAAUGGGAAAAAUGGCUUGAAAUUGAUUUCACAAAUUCCAAAUUUACCUGGGAGUAGUGUUAAGGAUAUUAAGAGUGAGUUGAGAAAAAAUCGAAUUAGCAGUCGCGAGAGGCGUAAUCUUUUGGACAAGACGGAAUCAGAGAGUUUGAAGAGUACCGGGAGGACUUUGGAAAGAAAGGAGAUGGAAUCAAGACAAGUUGAAGAGAUGGAGCAAGCAGGGAAGAGGAAACGUUUAGACAGGAAGUCAAAGGGUCUCAGUAUGGAUCGUGUCAAAGAUUACGUGGUGAAAAAGUUUUCAACAACAAAAAGUCUUGAGGAACUUCAGUCACCCACUUAUGUCGAAAAAGUCCAGGAAGUAAUCGAUGAGACAGCGCCAAUCAUCAAAGAAAGAGUCGAGGAACUCAAGAACUCUGUGAAUUCAAAGAAGAUCCGAAGUCUAGAAUCCGAGAGAUCGAGUUUCUCCAGCGAGAAGUCGAAAUCCAAGGAAUCUAGUGGUAGGUCCACGAUCGAAGAGUCAGGAAGAAGGUCCCGAAGUGAAAAAUUGAAAUCUACAGACAAGUCGAAAUCAAAGGAGAAUAGAGAAGAAUUGAAAAUGAAAGAAUCGAGAAUCGAGCAAAAAUCGCGAAAGAGUAUGAAGAGUACUUCAAAAGCUUCCGAAGUGGAGACGCCAAAUGACUCCCUCGAGGAUGUCGAUACUCUAAAAUCUGAAGUAGAAUCAAUUGGUUCGAAGAAUGGAUUAGAGAUGAGAUUAAACGAAACCCAGACACUUUUGGAGGGAAUCUCUUCUGCUUUUACAGUUCCAGUGAGAAGGUCCUCUUCUGCCAAGGAUCUUCGGAAUCGAAUGUCAGAAGCGUCAGAUGUUUCUCUUCCUGUUGUUAGACCGCUGUCUUCUAAAGCUCAUUCAAGAAGUGUUUCGAGAAGUGAUUCUGACAAUUUAGUUCUACCUCCAAUUUCUCCAGAUGCUCCUAAAUCUAUCAAAGUUAAGGAGGAUUUAGUACUACCGGUACUCUCACGUCCUGGAAGUUCUAAUCCGGAAAAGGAGGCAGAUGUGACGAUAAACGAUGGUGUCGACGAUGGAAAUCGAGAAAUGAAGAUUCUAGACGAAGAAAAAGCUGAGAAAGAAAAUAUUAGUGAUACUAGUAAACAUAGUGCUAAUAGUGAUAGUGGUGAAGAAAGUAGUAAUAAAAUUGAAGAAACUGAGAGUCCUAAAGACGACGGUAGUACCUCUACAAAUAAUGCUAAAACCAAUGGUGAUUCCUUACCACUAAGUCCUAAGGAGUUAAAUAAUAUAGAAGCAGAGAUAGAAGAGGUAUUUAGGGAUAGUUUAAACGUAACACCAGAACCUUCCGAAACUCCGUCAAGACCAGAUUCCCUAGAGCCAGAAGUACAGAACCAGGUACUUCAGGACAGUUCAUCAAUUCUCAAGGAACAAUUAUUAGAAAUCGAGGAAGUCGAAAAGAAUAUUCAAAAUCUUUUAGAUCCCAAUCAAUCUCAGAAGGAAACAACAAUUCGUGACAAACUUCAAGAACUCGAAAAUUCUGAGCGAAGAAUUGAUGAUAUUUUGCAAGAAGCAGGAAAAUCUGAAAGUGUUGCGGAAAAGUUAAAGACACUUGAGGAAGUAGAGAAAAGAAUCGAUAGUUUUUUGGAUGAACCCCAAAGUUUUAUGAACGAACAAGAACUUGCAAUACAAGUGGAAGAGGAAUUGAAUGACGGAGAUUCAAAAACCGAAGACAAGAAAAAGCAGGAGGACGAAAAAGAAGAUUCCGAAGAUAAAGAAGAUAGUACAGCAGAUAAAUCUGAAAAGCAAGAAAAGGAGCAAGGGAACACUAGUUCAUCUAGAAAAGAGGAAGCAGGAGGUAUCCCUCAAAUUCCGGAUUCCUUUGUUCUGACAGAAGGUUCUCCCUAUGAAAUUCCAGAUACAGUAACAACCGUUAUUAUACCGGAUAGAAUUUCAACUCCAGAUUCCGAUAUUCUUGAGGUGGAAGUUGAGAAUGGUGAGGUUCGAUCAAGAAUGACUCCUAAUACAUUCAAAAUUGAAGAUCAAGAUGAGGAAGAUGAAUUGGAGGAUGAUUCGAACUUGAAUGUUUUUGGAGAAGUGAUAGAACCUGAACCGAGUAAUACUGUGCAAGAUAUUGAUUUGAUUUCGAGCACAAAGAGCGGAUUCGAUAUUCUGAUUCCCCAUCAAGAUCUCGAUCAAAUUAAGGAAGAGGAUGACAAGGAUCUGGAUAGGAUUAAGGAAGAUGAAACAGUCUUCACUGAAAGAGAAACGGAGUUACAGCAGAUAAUAGAGGAGGUUGUUGAUAAACUAGAGGAGGACAAAGAGAUUUUGGAGAAGGUGGUUGAGGAGGUAAUAAAGGACGAAAUAAACGAAAACGACGAUUCCAAAAUAGAGGAGUUUACGGAUAUUUUGGAGAAAGUAGUUGAGGAGUCGAUAGAAACGGAAACAAACGAAAAUGAUGAUGAUAAAAUAGAGGACGUUGAUAAAAUAGAGGAGGCUGAUAAAAUAGAAGAGGUUGAUAAAAUAGAGGAGGAUGUUGAUAAAAUAGAGGAGGUUGUUGAUAAAAUAGAGGAUGUUAGUAAUAAAGAAAACCUUCAGGAAAAAAUAGAGGAAACGGAGAAAAAAGAUGAAAUUGAGGAACCAGUCGAAGAAGCUCAAAUAAAAGUAGAAGAAGAUACUGAUCAGAAGGUGGAAAUAAAUAAAGAUAAAAUAGAAGAGGUGGAUAAUGAAACUGUAAAGAAUGUAGUAGAUAUUGAUGAGGAGGAAUUAAAAGUCCUUCAAGUAAUGACAUCAUCCCUGAAAGAAAUCCAAGAAAGUGAGUCUGGAGAAAAAUUAACGGAAGACGAUAACAAAACUAAAGAGCUUCUCGAGGAUUUGUCACCGGAAAUGCAAAGAAUAACAGAUUCAGAAUCGACAGACGAAACAAAAGAAACUAGCAUCACGGAUGGAAUCCAAGAGACGACAGACAUUGUCGAAAAUUCCUUAGAGAUUGAAGAAAGUACUGGAAGGUCAAUUGAGUCUACAAAUGAGGUUAAGGAAACGACAAUGUCAGAUCAGUCGAACAUGAGUCUUUCCCUAGAUCCAGGUAUACCUAUCGUUCCCGAGUUGAAUUUGGAUUCACUUCAAGAUAUAACUAUUUCUUCCUUUAAGAUGACUGAUGAAGAGGUGGAGAAGAAAGAGAACGAAGAGACUGAAAGUAUUUUUUCUACGACAGAGCCGGAAAUGUCGGUAACAAAUGGAAAGUUAGUGGAAGAGGCGGAGGAAGAGAAGAAAGAAAAGAAUAGUUUAAAACGAACAGAGGAAGAUACUGUGAAAGUUGCAGAAAUUCAAGAAGAUUGUCAGAAGAUUUUAGUUACUCAAUUGGAAACCAAAGGUGAUGAAGAAAAGGUAACAAAUAGUUUCAUAAGAGAGGAGAAUGAAGAUGUUGAUGUUGACAAAGAAAAAGUGAAUGAUUCUGUAAAAAUAGAUAAAAUCGAGGAUGAAACAUAUCCUGAUGAUUCGGAAAUACAAGAAGUUAUUGAAGAAAUGGUGAAAGAACAGGUAGAGGUAAAAGAAGAUCUUUGUGUAAAGGCUAGUAGUUACGUGACAACAGGUGAUGAAGAUGAAGUUGAUAAAGACAGUGAAGACCAAAUAUUAGUUCAAAAAGAAACUGACAAAGAAAGUAUUGAUGAACAGAAACAGAUAACAGAAGAAACAACUAAAGAUGAAGAAAAAGAGAAAAAAGACGUUGAUGAUCAGGAAGAAGCGAAUAAAAUAGAUUUUUAUGAGAUAACAGAUUUAACUGAACUUGAUGAUGAGAAACAAACAUCUGACCCAAAAGUUGAUAAAGAAGUAUCUGUAGCACAAGAUGAUGAAGAAAAUUCAAAAACAGUUCCAGGCAAAGAUGAAGAAGCAGAAAUAAGUAAUAGGAAAAAAUCUACAGAAGAAGAAAAAUUGAUGCAAAUAGUAGAUGAAAAGAUUUCUGCAUCCUCUGAUGCAGAAACAGAAAAAACUGGUGAAGAAAAAAUUGAGGACGAAGGCAAAACUAUAGUCUUAGCAGGAGAGGAAAACAAAACUAAAGACCAAACAGAAGCUGAAGAAGAACAAAAUGUUAAAGUUGAAGAAAAAGAUACCUCUGAACAAGAAGAGGAAAAAGAACUUAAGGAGACUUCUCUAACUAAGGAUGCGGAAGAAAUUUUCACUGAAAAGAAGAAAGAAGCUAUAAUCGAAAUUGAGAACGAACCUUCUUUGGAGGAAACAAUUGAACCCAAAGUUGAAGAGGUAGAAAAAGAAACAACAGAAACCAAAACUGAAGCUGAGAACGAGUCUAAUGUUCUAAAAGAAGUAGAAGCAACAAUCCUAGGAGAAAAUGAAGAACAAGAAGAAAAAAUUGGAACCGAGAACAAAACGAUUGACAUUAAAAUUGAAUCCGAAAUUUCUCAAACAGACGCAGCUAUUGAAAAAGAUGAAUCAGCCGAUAUUGUUGAAUCAAGAUCUGCGAGUCAAUGUACAACGAGACGACUUAAUUCUGCCACUAAUGCAUCGAAGGAGGAGAACUUGACAAAUAAUGAUGAAUUUCUUGAUAAACACGCUGAAGACAAUAAAAGUGAAUUAAAAAUAAAUGAAGAAAAUGAAUAUUCUAAAAUUGAAGAAACAAUAAAAGCUGAAGUUGUUACUAAUGCAAUUAACGAUGAUAAUUUUGAAGAAAAGAAGCAGUAUCAUAUUUAUGUACCUGAAUUAAACGAAAGUGAGAAUAGUGUCUCAGAUACAAGCUCCUUUAUCACUGCUGCAACGAAAAUUCAAGCAGGGAUCCGAGGGUUUUUGAUUCGAAGACGUCUGCAAAAUUCGCAAGGUCGCAGUUCAACAUUAGACAGUGUACCAUCGAUCCAAGAGAGUUUUGUGGUCGAGCCUGGAACAACGGAAGUACUUUUAUCAACUAUUGAAGAAGUAACACAACCUGUAAAAACUUUGGAUGGCAAUUGUCGUCAAUUGACGAAUAGAAAACGAUUAAGGAGAGAAGACGCUAUUCAAAGGACGACUAUUUCAUUGGACAACGCUUUUGCUGAAGGGGGACUUCAACACACUGGCGAAUUUCACGAUUGCAUUCCCCUGCCUGUUUUUCAAUUUGAAAAUCAACAUCAUCUCAAGAGGAAGAAUAUUUCACCUAAACGGGACGAGAAUGAGGAUAGAGUGAGAGAGAAGGGAAUGGAAGAUGAUAAUGAAGGAAGAAGAGGUGAUAGGGGAGAAGAGAGGACAAAAAGUGUAAGGAGGCAGAAGGAAGUUAGAGAGGAUGAAGUGAAAGAAAAUGGAGAAGAAACGGUGGAAAGAAUUGAGAAUCCCAAAGGUUCAACAGAAUCAAGAAAUUGUAUUCGAAACGCGAACAAUGACUUAAGAUCAGGAAAGAUAGGAAACUCAACAGUGGAAGAUGAAACUAAAGAAGCAAAAAUGAUCGGAUGCAAUGGAUUUCAACAAUCAGCGAAAGGGAGCCAAAUUUCCAAACACAGAGUCGAGAACGUUUCGUUAGAAAAGGAACAUAAAGAUACCAAAGAAGCGGAGAUAAAAAUAUCCAAAAGAAAUGGAGGAGUUACUCGUUCUAAUGAACAUACAGCAAACAUUGGAAGAAGUCAGGAAAAGAGAGCAAGCACUGAGAGGAAUUCGUUAGGAAAGGGUAAGCAGGACAGAAAAAUUGAAUCUGACAAAGAGUCGAGUCGAAACACACCGAAUGGAGAAAGCACAUCAAGAGAAAUUGAUGAUGCCACCAAUGGAAGAAAUAAUUUACCUAAACGAAAUAACGGAAUUAAAUUAACCGAAAUUGAAAAACCUAACGGAAGAAGUAGAUUUUCAUUGCGAAAGGAAAGGGAGACAAAAAGUGCUAGAGAAAUACAACAGCGAUUAUCAAAUCAAUCAGAGAAGAAUAAAACCGAAAGGAGGGAGAACAGUAAGAAACUAGAGGAGAGGGAAAAAGUUAGUACAAGAAGGGAGAAAAUUAAUGGAAUAGAAAAAGCAAGUCAGACAAUUAUUGUUGGUCAGUUAAUUAACGGAGAGAUAAUUCGACCAGAGUCCGUGGAAAAAAGACAAACGAAAAGUGCCGACUAUGCCAAAAGUGAGGGAAUAGUUAACGAACUCGAGAACAAGAAACUUGGGAGUAUAAUGAAAGAGGUGCUUGAGACCAACCAAGAAAAUUUGUCUUCUGAAUCUAAAGAUGAUGUUAAAGAUAAUGAAAAUAAUACUAAAGAUAAUAUUAGAGAACUUAGUAAAGAGAAUUGCAGAGAAAAUAAUGACAACACUAAAGAGACUAAAGAAACUCUUGACGAUAAAACUGAUUCAAAUAAACAAGAAGCAAAAUCGAUAGCUUACGAAUACCCAAAUGUCGAUUCUGAGCAAAAUCAUCUUAAGGACGAAACUCGUUACUACAAUCCAAAAAACUAUUUUUGCAAUCAAGGGAUCUAUCCCAAUGGUUUUGCUCACCCUCCAAAUCUAGAGAAUGUCUUCCCUAAUGAAUCCUCUUUCAAUUUGGAUUUCAAUCCCAAAUUGGGACCAAUUCUCGACAUUCUUUUCUCCAAAGAAGAUCAAAUGCUGGAAAGUAAUUAUCUUAAUUUUAUAACAAGUGUCGAGGACAACAACUGUCCGCAAGCUGAUUCUCAAUCAUCGAAAAAUGUUGAGGUAAAUCGUGAACAUAGUGGCAGUAUACGAGAACCUUUAGCCUUGCCUGGAAGUCCUAAACGAAUUGUAAUAGAGGAUGUUACAAGUUUGGAGGAAGCAACAAUGCAGAGUUCGAUAUUCAUCGUCGACAAUUCGUCAUUGGAUGCAAAGGACGAGGAGAAAAAGUUGGAGGAAUUCAUUUUUCUGGAAGAGGCCCUGCAAGAAGGAAAGGAUCAGUUGGAAUCGGAAAUGAAGAAAAGAACCGAAGUUGGGAACAUUCAAGAACAGGUUAUUCAAGAAUAUCGGGUUGAAGAAGAAGGAGAUAAGGAGGAGGAAACAUUGCAGGAGGGAUGUAAGAAAAUUACACAAGAAGAAGAAAAAAUUAUCCCUUCUCUUAAGGAAGCGAUCGAUGUCGAAAGUCCAAACAAUCAAAGAGGGAAGUUUUCAGAAAUCGGUGACAAUUGUCAUCAAAAAGACAAUCCAGAAAACAUUGAUACCCCUUUUUUAAAAAAAACCCCUUCUUCUCAAAUUGACCACGAACCCUCUUCCAUAAGUGAAAAACUGAUCUCCCCUAGACCGGAGGAACUACUCCCAAACAUAAGUUUCAAAAAACUUUCACCUAAUUUUACAUCAGAUCCUAAUCCCCCAUCCCAAAAGGACGACUACCCUAAUUUUGAAGACUCUUCCCUCCUUCCUGAUGCUUCCCUAAGUACUCUUUCAUUCUCCAUGAAUAUUGACGACGUUCUCGGUCUUGGAUCCGAGGAAGAGAGUUGCAAAGAAUUCCGCAAAGCCUCAUCAUUGACGAAAUUCAGUUCCACCGAUCUUGGAAGUUCGCGAGACUCACAAAAUUCACAGCUCUGCUUGGAAACGGCUCAAUCGCCGGUCACAAUGAUGCAAAUGGAGUCGAGAAAUGAUGAAGAGAAGUCUGUGAAUUGCGAUGAAUCGUUGACAAGCGUGGAGAGAAGGGAAAGUGAAAUUGGUAAGAAAGGAAAUAAGGGAAGUGGUGAAAGAAAAACGAGCAAGCAUGAAAAUGGUAAUUGUGUGAUGAAUAUAAAGGAGAGAAAGUCAAUGGAAAUGAAGGAGAUGGCAAGUCCAAGGUGCAAUGAAACUGACUCAAGUUCGGGAAAGUCUUUUGAACGAAAGAAAUUGAUAGAAAAGUGAUGAUGAAAAUGUAAAGAUAUUGUGUAAUUUUUAACGAUAUUGUAUGCUUUUUGUGACACUGAGGAGUUUUAUAUAAUCGUAUUUUUAAAUGAUAUAGUGAUAAUAUGACAUUGUAAAAAAAGUAUUUAAUAAAUAUAAAAGAGAUUAGAUUUUUUAAUAAAAGUAGAGUUUUUUUUUACUC